ACGAAGAAGGGCGCGUCGGAGGAGCCGGGGCCGCGGGAGGCGUACGUGGAGGAGCUGCAGGCGCGCCUGGCGGACCUGCAGGCACAGGUGGAGCAAGGGCAGCAGGAGAGAUCUGCCCUUGAGAGCCGUCUGAAAGAGGCUGUGGCGACUGCGAAGGCGGAUGCUGCGGCCCUCAGUCAGCAGCUGGAGGCCUCCCUGCAGGAGAAGGGCUCCCUGGAGCGACAGCUCAAGGAUGCCGCGGGCGAGAAGUCUGCCCUCGAAAAGCAGAUGAAGGACGCCGUGGCAAAGGCAAAGGCCGAGGCUGCUGCUCUGGGCCGGCAGGUUGACACCGAGAGGGCCGAAAAGGCAGAGCUGGAGAAGCGCCUGGAGCAGCAGCUGCACGCACUUGGGGAGGAGGCCAUUGAGGAAGCAGUGGCCAGCGCUGUGGCCUCACGGGAGAUUCGCUACCAGAAUUUGAGGGAAGACUAUGAGGAGAUGGCAAAAGCAGCACAGGCAGACAUAGAUGAGCUGAACGAACAGCUCCUGGCUUAUCAGCAGGAGGUUAUGGAACUUGGGAAGCGGCUUGACUGCAGUGAAGAAGCCAGGGAGAACCUUCUGAGGGAAAAGAGGAGUCUGGAGUCCAGCCUAGUGGAGACGUCUGGUGACCAGAUGGAGCUGCAGAUGAUGUGCAGGCAGCUCGAGAGCGAAAACGAGGAACUGAGGCAGAUUCAGGCGGAGCAUGAGGCAGAUACGCUGAGGCAGCUGCAGAUAGCGCAUGAGAAUGAGCAGAUAGAGAUGCAGUUGCAGCUGGAGGAGGAGAGUGAGGCGCUGCGACAGAAACAGUCUGAAAGCAAGGAUGCCUCAUUGGAGGAGGACGGGGUUGUGGCGGAGGCGGAUGAAUUUGCCAAUGCCCUUGAUGAGGUCCAGGCAUCACAGGUGGACGCACGCGAUGAGCUCCUGGAGGAGGCCAGGGAGAUAAUGCAGGAGCUGGUGGACACGAAGCUGCGUUACGCGCAGCUGAGCGAGCGCCAUGUCAUCGUCAGGAGGGACCUAUACAAGGCGCGUGAGGCCAACCUGCAGCUGGCAUCCAAGAUGACCAAGCUGGAAACGGUGGUCUACAAGCAGAGGGCCAAGAACAUGGCCAAGACCAUGGCCAAGAACAGUAUCAGUGUCAGGUGGAGGUGA